CAGUUGAAAUGGUGCAAGCGACCUACCUAUAACAUUAUUACUAGUUCAACGCUGUCAAUGUUCUAUAUUUGUAUUCCCAUUAGAAUAAAACAAAAAUAGAAGAAAAUAGAAUAUGAAAAAAUAUAUCAGACACGCACAUAAAAAAAGAGUCUGUGGUAUUACUCUUUGCUGUGCAGGUUUUUCAGAUAGACUAUGCAUAAAUUGCCAGCUCCUUCCGGAUGCGUGAUAGCACGUGAUCAUUAUAAAUUUACAUCCAUCGUUUCGCAGUUUUCUUGAGGCGCCAGCGCGUUGUGGAAAUCGUAGAGGUUAAACCGACGCAAAUAUGGCAGAGGCUGACCGACCAGGGAAGCUUUUCAUCGGAGGCCUGGACACUGAAACUGACGAAAAAGCCCUUGAGAAGUAUUUCAGCAAAUAUGGCAGAAUAGUAGAAGUUCUGUUGAUGAAAGACCGGGAAACAAACAAAUCAAGAGGUUUUGCUUUUGUGACCUUUGAGAGUCCUGCAGAUGCAAAGGAUGCUGCACGUGAAAUGAAUGGGAAGUCGCUUGAUGGUAAGCCAAUCAAGGUUGAACAAGCUACGAAACCUACUUUUGGACGCGGCCCACCACCCAUGCAUCCACGCAGCCGUGGUCCCCCUAGAGGCUUUCGAGGAUCUAGAGGAGCACCACCAUCCAGAGACUACUAUGAUAACAUAGGAAUUGUAGAACCCUUUUUCAAAGGGAUUUCAUCCAGAGGCCCCCCACCACUGAAGAGAGGACCUCCGAUUCGUAAUGGAGGCCCCCCACCCAAGAGACAUGCUCCCUCUCCUAUGGGUAGAACUCCCAUGUCCAGGGACAGGGACCCCUAUGGUCCACCCCCUCCCCGCAGAGAGUCGAUGUCCAGAAGGGAUGAUUACCCAUCACCAAGGGAUGACUAUUACAGCACAAAGGACAGCUAUUCUAGCCGGGACUAUACGAGUUCCAGGGAUACAAGGGACUACGCACCACCACCAAGGGAUUAUCCCCAAUCCAGUUCCCGUGAUGACUAUGGGUCAAUGUCCAGGGGCUACAGUGAGCGUGAUGGUUAUGGUGGAGGCCGGGAACCCAAAAGCUAUAUGGAUCGCCCAAGUGCAGCCGCCUAUCGAGAGCCCUACGGUGGUUACGGUAACUCACGCAGCGCCCCACCCUCAAGGGCCCCCCAACCAUCCUACAAUGGCAGUGGCGGAAGCAGUCGCUAUGACGACUAUGGCAGCAGUUCCCGGGAUGGCUAUGGCGGUCGUGAAAGUUACCCCAGCAGUCGAAGUGACCCAUACCCCCCUAGCCGUGGUGAGCGAAUGGGCAGGCAGGAGCGGGGGCCAGCGCCCCCAAUCGAGAGAGGCUACCCUCCUCGUGAAGCGUACAGUGGCUCAAGUCGUGGGGCACCCCGUGGUGGCCGCGGCGGCACCAGAGUCGAUAGAGGAAUUGCCCGCAGCAGAUACUGAGAUGGACUUGGACAUGAUAUCAAAGCGACCGCUACGUAAUGCGUGUUCAUUCACUACCUGUAUAAGUGGGUGGAAAGUUGGAGAGGGCAAAAAAACUAGGAUGUCAAAUUCCAUGGACAAGCAUAGGUUUUGAGAUGUUUAUCUUCAGGCUGUCAAUUUCUUUUUGUUUUAAGUGUUAAAAUUACUUUUAUUUCCCCAGCCCAUGUGAUGAUAUCAUUGCCAAGUGAUGCGUGUUUAGUUUUUGUAAAUUUAGUGCUGUUAAGUCCUGCUAUGCCCUUGGAUAUGGCUUUCGUAUACUAAUAAAGUUUUUAACCAAA